UGCGCGCCACGCUAUACAUCUACACCUAGCGAUUCUAGCGGCGAAAUCCUUCGUUCACAUUGAAACGUCUGCACACCGCGUGUCUGGUAUUGCAGCGUGGCCAACAAAUAAUAACCUCUUAACCAUGGGUAAAGUCAAGUGUUCGGAGCUUAGAACAAAGGAGAAAAAGGAGCUCUUGAAGCAGCUGGAUGAGCUGAAGACAGAACUUACCAACCUCCGAGUAGCUAAAGUUACUGGUGGAGCUGCUUCCAAACUUUCCAAGAUCCGUGUGGUACGCAAGGCCAUCGCCCGUGUGUACAUUGUGAUGCACCAGAAACAGAAGGAAAACUUGAGGAAACUUUACAAGGACCGCAAGUACAAGCCUUUGGACUUGAGGGCAAAGAAGACCCGCGCCAUGCGCCGUGCCCUGACCAAGCAUGAGUUGAAGCUCAAGACCAAGAAGGAAAUCUGCAAGCUUCGCAGAUAUCCUACUCGCGUCUUUGCUGUCAAGGCUUAAAUAAAUUUAAUCUUGGUUAUAAA